AUGUCGGACAACACAGGGUCCAAGGCCAAUAUACCAGAGAAUAAAGAAGACAGGCUCGAGCCCGAAGACGAACAAGUCAAAGGAAUCGUGGAAUCAGCAGACCUAGAACUCCUAGGUCUAACACAACAAACCGAACGAUCUCUCGGCACAUUCCAGAUAAUCUGUGGCGGAUGGAAUAUCUGCAACAGCUGGGCGGGAAUAGUCGGUACCCUAGCUAUCGGCAUCAGCGAAGGCGGCACGAUCCUUCUGCUGUAUGGAAUCAUCAUCAUGUUAAUAUUCGGAGGGUGCUGUGGAACAACACUAGCCGAGCUGUCUUCGGUUUAUCCAACUGCCGGCGGCCAGUACCAUUGGACUUCUAUCCUCAGCCCGAAGAAGUACAGUCGUGUUCUGAGCUACUGCUGCGGUGCAAUCAAUAUUUUCAGCUGGAUAUCCAUCAGUGCGGGCGUUACUAUUCUCCCCGCUCAAUUCAUCAUCUCAAUGGCCAUUUACAAUAACCCCAGCUACGAAGCAAAGACCUGGCAUUACUUCCUAAUCUACCAAGCAACCAACGUUAUUAUCCUUCUAUACAACACCUUUGCAAUUCGCAAAACCUCCUGGGUACACGACAUCGGCUUUGUGAUCUCCCUUUCAUCCUUCUUCAUAAUCCUGGUAGCCUGCCUCGCCCGCACGCCACAGAUGUCCUCCUCCAAAUUCGUCUGGACAACAUUCAUCAAUCAGUCUGGAUGGGAAUCAAACGGGAUCGCAUUCCUAACAGGCAUGAUAAACCCAAACUACAUCUACGCCGGCAUCGACGGAGCAAUUCACCUGGCCGAAGAAUGCGGAAACGCCACCACAGCCAUUCCGUUCGCUCUCAUGAGCACACUAGCCAUCGGCUUCAUCACAUCAUUCGCAUUCGUAGUGGCCAUGCUCUACAGUCUAACGGAUAUGAAUGCAGUAAUCGAGACCUCAACCGGAGUCCCAAUCUACGAAAUCUGGCUCCAAGCCACCCAAUCAGGCGCCUGCGCAACAGUCUUUAUUACCCUCCUCGCACUCAUAGCCUGCUUCUCUCUAAACGGUUGCCAACAAACCUCAUCAAGACUAACAUGGGCCUUCGCGAGAGAUGACGCGCUCUUCUUAUCCAAAUACUUCGGUCGCAUCCACAGCCAGCUAAAGGUUCCUGUAAAUGCCCUGCUAGCAAAUGCAGCAGUGAUAUUUAUCAUCGGGUGUAUUUACCUUGCCUCGUCUACUGCGUUUAAUGCGCUCAUAGGCACUGGAUUGGUUCUUCAGCAGGUUUCCUUCUGUUUCCCGGCUGGACUGCUGCUUUAUCGCCGAAGGUCAUCGACGUACCUUCCGGCGCACCGGUUUUUCAAUAUGGGGCGCUUUGGCUGGAUUUCGAAUUUUGCUACGCUGGCGUUUGGAUUGGUUACACUGGUUUUUUAUAAUUUUCCGGCGGAGAUGCCCGUUACUGGGGGGAACAUGAACUACACCUCAGUCGUCAUCGGUACGAUGGCCAUAUUCUCUCUCAUCAACUGGAUUAUGCACGCCAACAAAAAUUAUCAGGGACCACGACUUCCAGCCGAGCUGACUUAA